AAUCGAGCAAACACCGUACGGUGAGUUGCACAAAUCAGCACACAAAUACGAGGUAUUGGAUCGGGUGGAUGAUGAGUAUCUGAACGGUCAUCCGGAACCCCAUCCUUCCGUCCCGAGCACCGUGAACGAGAGAGCUGUCGGCGUAGAGUGCGGGAAGUCAACGAUCACCAGCGGACAGCGUGAUCAUGGGCGUGCCGAGCGGCAGAAACGUCGAGGCGAUGGACGUCGACGUGAAUCCGGCGGGCGCGACGGACGGCGCGCAGAACGGCGACGGCGACGGGGCGGGUGAGCGCAGGGACACCGAUAUGCAGACCGUGUGCGACAUCCGCGAGCACACGCGGCAGAUCGAGAAGGCGGUGCAGAACAAGGAGCCGCGCUUCGUGCUCCGCGCCCUUCGCACCCUGCCCAACACCCGCCGUCGUCUCAACCCGGUCGUCCUGCGCGGCCUCGUCACCGGCUUCUACACCAAGUCCGUCGCCGAGCGCGACGCCCUCCUCGCCUGGGUGGAGGAGCCGAUGGACGUGGACGACUGCCAGGCGGUCACCCAGAAGUUCCGCAGCUCCUCGUCGUCCCUGCUCCCCGAGAUCGACGGCUACAUCCACCUGCUGGUGUUGAUCCGGCUGAUCGACACCGGCAAGUACAACGAGGCGGUGCAGUGCUCGGAGCAGCUGGUACAGAAGAUCGGCGCGCAGAAUCGCAGGACCAUCGACCUGAUCGCCGCCAAGUGCUACUUCUAUCACUCGCGCGCGUACGAGCUGACGGAUCAGCUCGACAAGAUCCGCGGCUUCCUGCACCUACGUCUACGUACCGCGACCCUGCGCAACGACUUCGAGGGCCAGGCGGUGCUGAUCAAUUGCCUGUUGCGCAACUAUCUGCACUACAAUCUCUACGACCAGGCGGACAAGCUGGUGCUCAAGUCGACCUUCCCCGAGUCGGCCAGCAACAACGAGUGGGCGCGUUUCCUCUACUAUCUCGGCAGGAUAAAGGCCGCCAGGCUGGAGUACUCGGCGGCGCACAAGUAUCUGGUGCAGGCGAUGCGCAAGGCGCCGCAGACCACGGCGGUCGGUUUCAGGCAGACGGUGCAGAAGCUGGCGGUCGCGGUGGAGCUUCUACUCGGCGACAUCCCAGAGAGGCAGAUAUUCCGGCAGGCCGCUCUACGCCGAGCCCUCGCCCCGUACUUCCAGCUGACCCAGGCGGUGCGCCUGGGCAACCUGCAGCGCUUCGGCGAGGUCCUGGAGAACUUUGGACCGCAGUUCCGCGCUGAUCACACGUUCACGCUGAUCCUACGGUUGCGGCACAACGUCAUCAAGACCGCGAUCCGCUCGAUCGGGCUCUCGUAUUCGCGCAUAUCGCCGACCGACAUCGCCCGCAAGCUGGGACUGGACUCCAGCGUGGACGCGGAGUUCAUCGUGGCUAAGGCGAUCCGCGACGGCGUGAUCGAGGCCACCCUGGACCCGGAGAACGGCUAUAUGCGCAGUAAGGAGACCACGGACAUCUACUGCACCAAGGAGCCGCUGCUGGCGUUUCAUCAGAGAAUCACGUUCUGCCUGGACCUGCACAAUCAGAGCGUCAAGGCGAUGCGCUACCCGCCUAAGUCCUACGGGAAGGACUUGGAGUCCGCGGAGGAGCGCAGAGAGAGGGAACAGCAGGAUCUGGAGCUGGCCAAGGAGAUGGCCGAGGAAGACGACGACGGUUUCCCUUGAAUCCCACGACGUCCCCCCCGCAGAUCUCAGACGAAAGUGCGUGACGUCAAUCCUAGAAAAUAUUAAUGCGUGCUUUUCUAACGUUAAAUGGAUUUCUAGACACAUAAGAACGACGAGGACUGAUAAAGGCAUACGCCGUGACGUUUACGGAAACAUUUCUCGAAUUUGUAAACGUUAACAAUGAUAAUGACUUACGAGAUAAAUAACACAAACUGAGUUAUGAGUAUAUGUAAUGUGAGAUGAAAACAAUAUUGCAAUUUAAUAAAGUAACUUCUCGAUAUUGUUACUUA